AUAUGUUUGGUGAUCAAACGUUACAGGUAUUGAUUGCAGACAGCAAUGACUACAUGCCUCCAACUAAAAGACAUAUCAGCUCAACACUUUCAAUAUUCCGAGCCUUUCUUCUAGAAAAGGGCCUGCAUCUGAGCGUAGAGACAACUUACUCGUCAGAACAACUGGACGCGUUGUUGACAAGUUUCUACAUGGAAAUGAAGAAAGCUAACGGCCAACAUUAUGCUAGGGCGUCCGUGCUGAACAUCCGUUCCGGUCUGCAGAAAUAUUUUCUGAAACUAAGAAAUGAAGAUAUUAUUCGUAGCGAAAAAUAUUCAACUUCCAAUAAAACGUUUAAGGAGGUAUUCAUGAAAUCCGGUGGCAAGAGGGAGGUUGAGUUUCCUAAACAGAAAAUUCCUAUUCAUCCUAAUGAUGUAGCAAAACUAUAUAACACAGUGUUCUCAACAGAUUCCCCAAGAACGCUGCAGCAAAAGACUAUGUUUGAGUUUAUUUACUAUUUCUGCGAUAGAGGCCUUGACCACAUGAGGCGAGUACGGAAAGAGGAUUUCACGUUCUCCAGGGACACAUCUGGGAGGGAGUAUGUGACCGUUAGAGAGAGAUACACAAAGAAGAAUAAAAAACGGAGGGAAACAAUCAUGCAGCCAGUCGGAAUGUAUGAUCGACCUGGUGAUCCCAUGUGCCCAGUGGCAUCUUUCAAGAAAUAUUUGAUGAAAUUGAACCCAGAAAACCCCUACUUUUGGCAGCAACCAAGAAAAGUAUGCAGACACUCUGAUGCCAUAUGGUAUGAAGAUUUGCCAUUGGGAAAAAAAUCAUUUUCUGCACUAAUGAUGAAUUUGAGUGUAGAAGCCAAUCUUAGCAAAAAAUAUUGCAAUAGCAAUAUAAGGACCACCAACAUCCAAAUACUGGACAACCAACCAGAGGAGGCCUAUGUAAUAUCAGCAAUCAUUGGCUGUGAAACUGACCAAUCAAUUAACGGUACUACAGUAACAGAAAACAAGAUUUGUGAUGUGCCAGAUAUUCUGUGUGAAAACCCUCUGAUCAAAACUUUCAGAAAUGAUGCAGCAGCUCCUUCUGAACCUGGUCACCAAGACGCUUGUGUAAAUAGUGAUAAUGAAAUACUGGACAACCAGUCAGAGGAGCCUUCUGUAAUAUCAGCAAUCAUUGGCUGUGAAACUGACCAAUCAGCUAACAGGUCACCAUAUCCUGGUCAACAAGACUCUUGUGUAAAUAGUGAUAAUGAAGGAGAUACCCCUAUCAAGAAUGAGUAUAGAAAUAUUUUGUUUGGAGAAGCAGCUAAUACCUGGAAGCAGCUGAUAGGACAAUUCGACUGGCUUCCUGACAGUGAGAUAGCCAAACAUCUGAUUGAGGUGCAUGAAGUUUAUUGUUUGAGCAAGGGCAUAUGUCCUCUGGAAAGAACACGUGAGGCACAGAACUUUGGUUCCAUCUACAGAAAAAGGAAUUCAGAUGGGAUUCCACCAAGAGAGCCAGAAGAACAAGAUGACAUAUCCCUGCAGCUAGAGGUUGAUGAAGCCGCUGAUUCUGUUGAUGAAGACUCAAGUGGUGACAGUGACCUUGACCUUGAGAGUGAAGAGGAAGAACCAAUAUACUCCAUGGAUAACAACUCACAAAAUCGUGGAUCCACACAGCAAGCAGAAAACAGAGUCCCUCAUAUACACCAGGAAUCGGUGCUUUCAUGGGAAGAUAACCUCUUACAUACAUCCACAGUAGUAAGACAAGAACCUGUUGAAAGUUAUUCAAAUGGAGUGAAUACUGCAGGGACAAAUUCCAGUUCUUCUUUCAAUGUUGAAAGAUAUUCAAAUGCAGUGAAUACUACAGUGACAAAUGUGAAUUCCAGUGCUUCUUUCAAACUGGCAUCUUCUGGAGCCCUAAGUUUACCUCCGUCUGUGUCAAAUGACCCAGUUAUGAGAAAUUCGUUCACAUCCUCAAAUAUUUAUGAAAGUUCUUCAACUCACAUUCAGAAUACAAUGGAUACUCCUGAAGAGAUAGAAAAUCAAACUGUAAACACAAAGACUAGUGAAAAUAUUGCUCAAAACCCACUACUAUCCACAUUGAUAACAAAGCAAACUCUGAACUCAGGUACAGUAGAAGCAAUUCAAGUUCAAAAGUUACUAACUCUCAGAUUAAACUCACAGGGCGUAAUAAGUGUAGAUCGGCAGACUGACUUAUCUAACUCAGGGCCAAGAGGAGGUACCUUGUACAUACAAAGAGGAAACACUCCAAACUCAGUUUUAGUCCGUCCUCAGGAUUCUGGGUUAUUCCAACCACCUACACGUAAUCUGCUCACUACAUCAAAGAUACAAAGUUCCCCUGGAAGAAGAGAGAGUUUCAGUCUCCUGCCAAAUUUAAGUCAACCUUCUUCAUUUCCUUGCCAACCUGUAUUCACAUCGACUGCUUCAGAGUUUUCUUUGACAAAUGGAGGACAAGAAACUUCACUUGCUUCAAGCAAGAUAUUGAUGAAAAAAGAACAGCAGACAUCACCUGCUUCAGGUGUGACACUGAUAGCAGGAGGACAACAGACAUCACCUGCCUCUAGUGUUGGAGGACAGCAAAUUUCACCUGCUUCAGGUGUGACAUUGAUAGCAGGAGGACAGCAGAUUUUACCUGCUUCAGGUGUAGGAGGACAACAAAGUUUACCUGCUUCAGGUGUGACAUUUAUAAGUGGGGGACAACAGAUUUUACCUGAUUCAGGUGUAGGAGGACAGCAAAGUUUACCUGCUUCAGGUGUGACAUUUAUAACAGGAGGACAACAGAUUUUACCUGAUUCAGGUGUAGGAGGACAGCAGACACCACCUGCUUCAGGUGUGACAUUUAUAACAGGAGGACAACAGAUUUUACCUGAUUCAGGUGUAGGAGGACAGCAGACACCACCUGCUUCAGGUGUGACAUCAAUAACAGGAGGACGACAGACAUCACCUGCCUCAGGUGUGACAUCAAUAACAGGAGGACGACAGACAUCACCUGCCUCAGGUGUGACAUCAAUAACAGGAGGACGACAGACAUCACCUGCUUCAGGUGUGACAUCAAUAACAGGAGGACGACAGACAUCACCUGCCUCGGGUGAAGGAGGACAGCAAAGUUUACCUGCUUCAGAUGUUUUAUUGCUAACAGGAGAGCAGCAGGCUUCACCUUUCACAGGUGAUCUAUUGAUUGAGGGAGAAAAGCAGACUUCAUUUAGUUUGGUUUCACAAACUGGACUUGAGCAGGUGGAUGAUGGUCAGGAACAAAUAGAAAAGAGAGAUCUGCCUGGUUCAAAGAAAUCCAAAUCAAGGAUGUAUACAGUUCCCCCUGAAAGGCCUCCGAACUCUUUCAUGCUGUGGUUGAAUGCCCACAGGAAGAAGCUGAGGAAACAGAACCCAGAGCUGGGCAUCAUAGAUUUUGGUAGAAAAGCUGGAGAAAUGUGGAAAGCCCUGGAAGACAAAACAAAAUGGAAUAAAAAGGCUGCAGAAGGAAUGAAAGAGUAUAAAAAGGACAUGGAGGGGUACAGAGCUCAGAAGGCUGAGAGAAAGAGGAAGGCUGCAGCAGAAGAGCAGAAGAAAUUGACAAAGGCCUGCAGGGAAUCAGUUUUAUCACUGAGGAGGAGAAAAAUACCAAAGAAGAGCCCUAGUAAAUCAGCAUCCGAGAACCAAGCAGAGCCAGGAACUAAUUAUAAGAGCACAGAGUAUGCGUCCCGAUCAUCAGUAUCGGCAGGAUCUGGUAGUGAAGACAAACCCCUCAAAAAGAAAUCCAAGAAGGAAGAGAACUCAAAGAAAAUUUUAAAAAAAAAUUGAGGAUGUAAAAAUGUCGCUGAAGAAGGACCAGUCAAAUAAUCCAAGAAAAAAAUGUGAUGGACUGGGCACCAGCAAACGAUUUGUAACACUGAAGGAGAAAAUGAAGAUGGAAUGUGGAGGACCAGUCAAAUAAGCUAAGGGAGACCAUAAUUAAGUCUUCCAUCAGUCGCGCAAAUUCUUCACUCAUAUUCAAAAUGUGAAUAGCUACAUGGUUAUUAAUUAGUUAUGCUAUAUGAUUUUUUUUUAAAAUUGUUUUUAAUAAAUG